AUGUCGUCCGCAUACGCCAAGACUAUCCUUUUCCUUGGGGCCACCGGUGGCUGCGGCCUGUCAGCUCUGCGCCGGUCCCUGGAUGCCGGCUUCACAUGCAUUGCCCUGUGCCGCACCCCUUCCAAGCUGACCUCCGUCCUGCCGUCUGAAAAAUACCCCAACCUACGUGUUGAGCAGGGCAACGCCCACGACGCCAGCGUCGUUGGUCGCCAUCUUGUUUCGCCUCUCGACGCAACGCGCUUCGUCGAUGUCGUCGUCUCCUCCAUCGGCGCGUGGUUCGACAUGCGCAAGAUGAACCUUGAGGACGUUCACGUAUGCGAAAAGGGCAUGGCCGUCUUGCUCGACGCCAUCAGGAAGUUGCGCGCAGAGAAGGGCGUCUCUGGAAACCCGCGCAUUAUUGGACUCAGCAGCACUGGCAUCUCCAAGUUUGGGAGGGACACGCCCCUCGUCAUUGCGCCGCUCUACAAGGGCCUGCUGCACACCCCGCACGAGGACAAGCGCGCCAUGGAGGAGCUGCUUUUUGCGAGCAACGAGGCUUGGACCGUCGUUCGAGCUAGCUUCCUCACCAACGGUAAAGAGCAGCCGUCAGGUGCCGUCCGGGUCGGUGUCGAGGAUCCCGUCAGGGGUGUGGAAGAGCUUGCUAUUGGGUACACUAUUGCACGCGAGGACGUUGGCAAGUGGAUGUUUGAGAACAUCUUGCAGAAGGACGGCACAGAUAAAUAUGUUCGCAAAGUUGCAACUGUCACUUACUGA